AUGAACAAAACGAACCUCACAAUCCUCAUCUUCUUCACCCUCCACACCUUCUUCGUUACCUGCAUCGACUGCCUCGACCUCUGGCCAACAUGGCUCGUAGAAUCAUCGCCCUACUACACGCCCUGGUUCACGCUUGGCCGCACGCUGCGCCAAUUCUAUCUUGACACGUACCAGGACAAAUUCCUCACGGAGCCGCCCGGCUGGUUUGUGGCUUAUGACCCCCUUUUACCGUUAGGCGUUAUUCCCUGGGCUGUGCAGACGUUUGUCACUACGCUGCUUUGCGUGCUUGAGUUGUGGAGUUGGGAGGAUCGGACGGUGGAGGUGAAAUGGGGGUUGACAGGGUGUUAUGGGCCGUAUUUGCUUAUUUCGGCGUGGUUGUUUGUCGUUAUGUCUGCGCGAGUGAAGGAUGCGUUGGUCUUGCAGAGACGGGUAGGCAAGGUUAAGGGGGAGUAG